AUGGAGAAUGGCAGCAACAGCAAACCAGACACCCCCACCAACAUCUCCUUGGGGAGCAGCGGUCUGCCAUUCAGCAUCCUUGAAUACAAGACCAUCUCAGUCUUCCUGGUGCUGGCCAUAUGUGGCAUUGGCAUUAUUGGCAAUGCCAUGGUGGUCACCGUAGUUCUGACCACCCGGGAUAUGAGGACGCCAACCAACUGCUACUUGGUUAGCUUGGCUGUGGCCGAUUUGAUUGUUCUGGUGGCAGCUGGCCUGCCCAACGUCUCUGACAGCCUGGCAGGAACGUGGAUCUAUGGAUUUGCUGGGUGCCUUGGCAUUACCUACUUCCAGUACCUGGGCAUCAAUGCGUCAUCCUGCUCCAUCACAGCUUUCACCGUGGAGAGAUAUAUUGCCAUCUGCCACCCAAUAAAGGCACAGACAGUGUGCACCAGGUCUCGAGCCAAGCGCAUCAUUGCCUUCGUCUGGACCCUCACCUCGGUGUACUGCAUGCUCUGGUUCUUCCUGGUGGACGUGGCUGCUAACAAGAGCCAGCAGCUGGAGUGUGGCUACAAGGUCUCCCGCAACCUCUAUCUGCCCAUCUACCUGCUGGACUUUGCCCUCUUCUUCAUCACCCCGCUGCUACUCACCACUGUGCUCUACGGCCUCAUUGGAAAAGCCCUCCUCCAGAGCCAUGUCCUGCACUGUCCCGCUGCCCAAGCUGAAGGCUGGCGGGAGCAAAGCAGCCAGGAGAGGAAUGGCCCCGAGGCUGGCCAGAGCAGAGCCAGUGGCUCAAGAACCAGGCUGCCUGUCUCUUCCAGGAAACAGGUCACCAAGAUGUUGGCAGUGGUGGUGGGCCUCUUUGCCCUGCUCUGGAUGCCCUACCGGACCCUGGUGUUGGUGAACUCCUUCGUGGAGCACCCCUACCUGGACCGCUGGUUCGUCCUCUUUUGCAGGGUCUGCAUCUACACCAACAGCGCCAUCAACCCCAUCAUCUACAACCUCAUGUCCCAGAAGUUCCGUCUGGCCUUCAAGCGGCUCUGCAAGUACCCGGAGGAGGAUCUGCAGCGGCAGCGUAGCUUUUACAUGGCCUCGGGCAAGGGCAGCGUGAGGAAGGCAGGCCCCAUCUGUCAGCAGGCCAACCUCGAAGCUGGGCGGCUGGCCGUAGCCACCAGGGCAGAGCCUGAGCGAGAAACCCUGAGCAGGGAAGAGUAG